CAGACAGACAGGCAGCGGAGUUGGUACGAACAUCUUCGACUUCACAAACCAAAAACACCUCGACUGCUCUUCAGCUGCUCCGCUACACAGAUAUGCCUCGGACUGGUCGCUGUUUUCGGGGGGAUUAACUUUGGACUUAGCGCCCGAUCGCCGCGGAGAAGAUGACUAAAUGCGAAGUACCCAGCGCAGGAGAAAGUGUGCCUUGUUUGGAGCUGAACGGGUCGUGUGCCACAACAUAAAACUCGGAGCGCAUCAAGGCCAGCAGCAGCCUGUAGCACUAGUUAGCUGGUCGGCUAACGCUAGCCUGCUAACGUUACAGGUGUUCAGGCAGAAAAUCACCAAACGUAACUUGUAGCUGUAGUUAGCUGGCAACAAGCUGAGCUCCCAUGUCGUGACUUAAAACUGAACUUAAUGUGCCUGUUAUAAGCUUUUUAGCAAACGCCAAGUAGCAAGUAUAACACUUAGCAACAUUGUUAUUAGCCAUUAGCUUUUUAGUCAGACGCUGUCCCGUGUUUACAGCAGCAGCAGGCUAGCCUUACUAGCCACCAAGCUAGCGAGUUAACUUUAUAGCUACAUGUGCUUAUUUUUCUUUUGUAGCUUAUUUUUCGCAGUUUAACCCGACUCAACCCGGGACUCGCGGUGUAGUUUAGCGAUACUCUUCACAUUUGCAAGCCAGCCAGUUUGACUUUUUUUUCCACCGUGCCUGCCCUGGACUGACCCACCCACAAGGACUAUCUAUCCGGGGCCGAUGCUGACAGUUCAGACCGGAUCACGGCAACGCCAGGAGCCGCUACAGCAAUGCAGCCCCAGCAGAUAUACGACUUUUCAAGUGACGAGAACAGUCACAAAUGGAGAGGCCUCUUCGUGCAAGCUCUACGAAAGGUACAGAAGCAGGUCCACCCGAAUCUCACGGCGAAGGAGGACGCCCUGCAGCACAUCGAGGAGCUGAUCCUGCAGCUGCUCAACAUGCUGUGUGUGGCCCAGCCUCGCUCUGUGCAGGAUGUAGAGGAACGCGUCCAGAAAACUUUUCCCCACCCCAUCGACAAGUGGGCGAUCGCCGACGCCCAGUCAGCUAUCGAGAAACGGAAGAGGAGAAACCCCUUGCUUCUCCCUGUGGACAAGAUACACCCACUGCUUAAGGAGGUUUUGGGUUACAAAGUGGACUACCAUGUUUCCCUGUACAUCGUGGCAGUGCUUGAAUACAUAUCAGCAGACAUCCUGAAACUGGCGGGAAACUAUGUCGGCAACAUUCGGCACUAUGAAAUCAACCAACAGGACAUCAAGGUGUCCAUGUGCGCAGACAAGGUGUUGAUGGACAUGUUCGACCAGGAGGAAGACAUCGGCCUGAUGUCUCAGUGCACAGAGGAGCCGUCGUCCUCCGGGGAGCUCACGUACGACGACCUGGUGAGGCUUGAAAUCGCAGAGGAGCGGCAGUACCUCCGAGAGCUCGACCUCAUCAUCAAAGUGUUCCGCCAUCACUUCCUGUCCAACCCCAAAAUCUUCACGCCUCAGGACGUGGAGGUGAUAUUCAGUAACAUCCUGGACAUCCACGAGCUGACGGUGAAGCUGCUCGGACUGAUCGAGGACGCAGUGGAGAUGACGGCUGAUGGCAGUCCUCAUCCGCUGGUGGGCAGCUGCUUUGAGGAUCUAGCAGAGGAGCAGGCAUUCGACCCCUACGAGACCCUGUCUCAGGACAUCCUCAGCAGGGAUUUCCACGAGCAUUUCAACAACCUGAUGGCACGAUCGACCGUUGGCCUUUACUUCCAGUCAGUGGCAGAAGGAUUCAAAGAAGCAGUCCAGUAUGUCCUCCCCCAGCUGAUGAUGGUCCCAGUAUACCACUGUAUGCACUACUUUGAGCUAUUACAGCAACUUCAGGAGCGCAGUGAAGACCAAGAUGACAGAGAAUGUCUGAAGCAGGCGAUCACAGCGCUGCUCAACCUUCAGUGUAGCGUGGAGCGCAUCUAUGCCAAACACCAGCCUCGCCGUAAACCUGGUGAGCCCAUGUACCGCCUGUACAGCAGGCAGGUUCGUAGCAAACAACUCGCCAUCAAACGCAUGAACGAGAUCCAGAAAAGCAUCGACGGCUGGGAGGGCAAAGACAUCGGUCAGUGCUGCAGUGAGUUCAUCCUGGAGGGGCCGCUUUUACGAGCGGGCGCCAAGCACGAGAGACACAACUUCCUGUUCGAUGGCCUUAUGAUCAGCUGCAAGGCCAACCAGAGCUCACGGCUCCCGGGGUCGGGCAGCGGGGCGGAGUACCGCCUGAAGGAGAAGUUUGUGCUGAGGAAGAUUCGCAUCGUGGACCGCGAGGACUCGUCAGAGCUGCGGCACGCCUUUGAACUGAUAGGCAAAGAUGAAAAUUGUGCAGUUUUCUGUGCACGGACAGCAGAGGAGAAAGCAGCGUGGAUGGCGGCGCUGGUGACUCUGCAGUACCGCUCCACUUUGGAUCGCAUGUUGGACACGGUGCUGCAGCACGAGGAACAGGCGCAUCCUCUAAGACUGCCCUCCCCGGAGGUUUACCGCUUUGCCGUGCAGGACUCUGAGGAGAAUAUAGUGUUUGAGGACAAAGUGCAGAGCAAAACAGGCAUCCCCAUCAUUAAGGCCGGCACAGUGGGCAAGCUCAUAGAGCGGCUCACCUACCACAUGUAUGCUGAUCCUAACUUUGUCCGCACGUUUCUUACCACAUACCGAUCAUUCUGCAAACCGCAGGAGCUUCUCACCCUGCUGAUAGACAGGAUUGACAUCCCUGAGCCAGAACCCACUGAGGAGGACCGACAGGCUCUCUGGAACGGUGAUCAGCCGAUGGCGGCCGAGCUCCAGAGGUUCAGGAAGGAGUACGUGCAGCCGGUCCAACUCAGGGUUCUCAACGUUUUCCGUCAGUGGGUCGAACAUCAUUUCUACGACUUUGAGAACGAUCCGGAGCUGAGAAGUCGACUGGAGGAAUACAUCACCAGCAAAAUUCAACUGAGAGGCAAGUCAAUGAGAAAGUGGGUCGAGUCCAUCAACAAGAUCAUCAAGAGGAAGCUGCAGACGCAGUCGAACGGCGUCAGUCACAACAUCACCUUCGAGAGCCCGCCUCCUCCCAUCGAGUGGCACAUCUGCAGAGCAGGACAAGUGGACAUGUUUGAGCUCAUGACCCUUCACCCCAUAGAGAUCGCCCGCCAGCUGACGCUGCUCGAGUCGGAGCUCUACAGAGCGGUCCGGCCGUCCGAGCUCGUCGGCAGCGUCUGGACCAAAGAGGACAAAGAGAAGAACUCGCCAAACUUGCUCCGUAUGAUCCGUCACACCACAAACCUCACACUGUGGUUCGAGAAGUGUAUUGUAGAGACGAUGAACCUGGAGGAGAGGGUGGCAGUGUUAUCGCGGGUCAUAGAGAUUCUGCAGGUUUUCCAGGAGCUCAACAACUUUAACGGUGUGCUGGAGGUGGUCAGCGCCAUCAACUCUGUCCCAGUCUACAGGCUCGACCACACCUUUGAGGCAAUACCAGAGAGGAAGAAGAAAAUCCUGGAAGAAGCUGUCGAACUGAGCCAAGACCAUUUUAAGAAAUACUUGGCUAAACUCAAGUCAAUAAACCCACCUUGUGUGCCUUUCUUUGGUAUCUAUCUAACCAACAUCUUGAAGACGGAGGAAGGCAACCCGGACUUCCUCAAACGCCACGGCAAGGAGCUGAUCAACUUCAGCAAGAGGAGGAAAGUGGCUGAAAUCACGGGAGAGAUCCAGCAGUAUCAGAACCAGCCGUACUGUCUGAAGGUGGAGCACGACGUCAGGCGGUUCUUUGAGAACCUGAACCCGAUGGGCAACAGAAGUGAGAAGGAGUUUGCUGACUACCUGUUCAAAAUGUCUAUGGAUAUUGAGCCACGGAACUGCAGGCAGGCUCCUCGAUUUCCCAGGAAGACCAUGUACAAUCUGAAAUCCCCGGGGAUCCGGCCUGUACGAACGUCUACCUCUGGCACCCUGAAGGGCCACCCCGUCCCCCUGGAGAGGGAGCCCCCACACAAGAUCACCUUCCGGAGCAUCGCCGAGACCGAGCCGGAGAUACCGGCGUCGGCCUCGGUGCCCACCUCUCCGAACACGCCGACCCCUCCGCAGUCAGCCUCCUCUGACCUCAGCUCAGUCUUCAUGGAGCCCGACCUCAGCAACUCCUACGGAAGUAACCCCAUAUUCGUUUCAGUCAUUCUGCCACCGACAAAGUUCCAGUCUGUGUCUUGCGGGAGCCUCCACCAGCUCGGGGACGAGCAGCUCAAGCCUCCACCUCUGCCACCACGAAGGAAAGAUGCAAUGUCUGAAGCCAAACUGAGCACCAUGUCCGACAGCCCUCCAGCCAUUCCUCCCCGGCAGCCCCCUCCUCCUCCCAGGAACCAGCCUCGCCCGCCGGUCUACAACGGCCCCAUGGACGGCCCCCUGCCCAGCCCCCCUCCUCCGCCGCCCCGCGACCCUCUGCCCGACACGCCUCCCCCGGUGCCCCAGCGGCCCCCGGAGAUCUUCAUCAACUACCCGCCCCUGCAGCCUUCCCCCGUGGGCCGAUACCACUGGGACUUCAGCAGCUCCCCCAGCUCCCCCAACACCCCGCCCAGCACGCCGUCGCCACGCGUCCCCAGGCGGAGCUGUCCGCUCAGCGCCAGCCAGAACAGCCUCUGCCCGCUACCUGUUUCCAUCACCGCUCCACCUGUCCCGCCUCGCCACAACUCCAGCCCGCAACUCCCCAAACUCCCACCAAAGACAUACAAAAGGGAGCUGCUGCAGCCGCCGCUACAAGGCCUCUCAUUGGUGGAGAACACCGACAGCAGCCAGUGAGCCUGCUCCGUUCUAUUUUUAAACACCCUGAAAUGCAAACUUCAAACUGUCUCCUGCAAACUACGACACAGUGGACUCAAAGCUACUGAUCAGAAAGAAUAACACUGCUCCACGUACUCUUAACUCCACCCGCCCUCCCUCUGCAUCGACCAGUCACACCCCAGCUGUGCCUCUCAGGGGAUCAGUAGCUCCGCCUUCAUCGUAAACCCUCUGUGCCAAUGAGAAACCACCACCGGUGUGCCAGCCAAUAAACAACAAGGAGCUGAGUGUUUGUCUGUCUGUGCUGUACGGAGCGAGAAUGUUUGUUCCUGAUGAAAGUUCUCACCCCUCAAACACUUAACUCACGAUUACCCCACGUCCCA